AUGUCUCUUAAGUCGGUUUUGGUGACGGGUUGCUCAGCAGGCGGUAUCGGUGCAGCCAUUGCGCUUCUCCUGGCUAGAAACGGGCAUCAUGUCUUUGCAACCGCGCGGAAUAACUCCAAACUACCAGAAGAGCUCAUCACGCUGUCCAACGUCACGGUUCUAUCUCUCGAUGUCACGUCAAUGCCUUCCGUGAUCGCAGCUGCCAAGGCCGUUAGUGAAAGUGGUCGCGGGCUCGAUGUGUUAGUCAACAAUGCCGGUCUAGGUUAUGUGAUACCCAUUCUCGAUAUGGACAUUGAGCGAGCUCAAGCACUAUACGAUACCAAUCUCUGGGGCAGUGUCCGCAUGAUACAGACCUUCAAGGACCUGCUGAUCGCUAGCCGCGGCCGUAUCGUCAACAUCAUUUCUUGCGGUGCCGUUGUGCCCCUGCCAUGGCAUGCUCCGUAUUGUUCGGCCAAGAUCGCGAUGGCCAAUAUCUCCGAGACUCUGCGGCAUGAGCUCUCUCCCUUUGGAGUUAGUGUCGUGGCUGUAAUGGCGGGCACCGUUGCAACCAAUUUCGAUGCCAAUGUCAAUAAAUUCAGCCUCCCGCCAGGCUCUUUGUACGAGAGUAUCAAGGACAAUAUCAAUGGCUGGGUAACGGGCACCGCUAAGCCAGUGGGUGGGCCGGUCGAUGAAUUUGCUCAGACUGUGCUGCAAGAUAUAGUGGGCAAGGGGAAAGAUGGCAUUGUAUACAGAGGCCCCAAUGCUGCUGCGAUGGGUUUUGUGGCAAGCUGGUUGCCAACCUGGGUGACGGACAAAAUCAUGCGCAGCUCAAACUCCGGUAUUCCUGCGCUCAAGAUCCUAAAUGAUACGAGUGCUCUGUUGUCCAAUGUCAACCAGACUAACCCAAAACGGCGGGCGGGCGUGGCUGCUAAUCGUGCUGUGGGGCCUUUCUUUCUUCGUCUCGUCACAUCCCGACUUCAGAGCAAUCCUGUUCUCAUCCUCCCCCCCCAAAGGCAGCUCGUUAUUAUCGCCUCCGGGACAAUUGUUAUCGUCAUUGCUACUCGCGUAAACCCGCAAUCCCAUCUCUCCGAACUGUCCAUCAAACGGAUUGUAUUCUCAUUACUGCCCGGCAAACGGUCCGACAGUCGCCUAUCAGCCGCCAUCCGCGCCAAAGGAAGGAAACAGCCGCCCAGCCAAAUUCGCCCAGCGCCUAGCCGCCCUGACCACCACGGCCGUUCCUGCCAUCUUCUCCGCGCCCGACCUGCCUGA